UGCUGUCCCAAAGGCAUAGUCCCCUGCGUCAAGACUCCAAGACAAUGGAUGGAGGUCUCCCACCGACGCGCGAGACUCGCAUAAAUAGAGCGCUCUCCCUCUGCUCAGCACACAGCAGCUCACCGCCUCGCAAAGAGCACAUCGCCUCUCUCCUAAAAGCACAACUUCUAGCUAAAGACAUGACUCCAAGAAUCACUCCUGAGACUACCCAGCUUUCCCCCUCAAGGUCCACGGUGGCCCAGAGGAAAGAAGCGAACGAACUGAGAAAGACUCUAAAGCCUUUGUUGGAAAAGAAAAGGCGCGCACGCAUCAACGACAGCCUCGGUCACUUGAAGACUCUCAUCCUCCCUCUGGUCGGCAAAGACAACGCUCCAUACUCGAAGCUUGAGAAAGCCAAUAUUCUGGAGAUGACCGUCCGAUUCCUCCGAGAUCUCCCUUCAUCUCCAGUCAAAAGUUCAUCAGACAGCUUCAAAGAAGGGUACAAAGCCUGCCUGCAGCGGGUCACCGCUCUGAUCCCCAAAACGAACCUGGACAAAGAGUCGUGCCAGCGGGUGAACGACUUCAUCCAACAGUCCAUGUCUGCGUCCGUCGACCCAGCCUGUCAGAACUGUUGUGCCCAGAGCUCCAGGGCUUUCCCCCAGAUUCAGCAGAGACUCCUGAGCCUCAAAGCCAACGUUGGCUCCAGAAUCGAGAACCACUCAAACUCGCUUCCCAACCGGCCCCAGCCAGUGCCACAAGCUGUCAAUACGAACAUGUGGAGACCCUGGUAGAUUAGACAGACGCUCCCUUAGCGAGCAUUGUUUUGUGAUAUAUAUCUAUAUAAACGCUGUUAAUGUAGAUAUUAACUGGAAGAGAUGAGGGAGUUAGUACACGUUUGACUAGUAAUGUAUUUAUUCAUUCACAGACAAAUCAGAUGAGCACUGAUUUUAUGAGCAGACAAAUUCUAUGAUCUUUGUUAGGCUAAAUGCAAUCCUCUUUGGGGUUUCCAAGAUUUGGGUUGUAGACAACACAAUUGUAAAACCCCAAGGGUUAUUUUGUUUGAGGUUUGCGCUAUUGACUUAAGUAUUUUUUGGUCUGUGCAAAGGAGUAGACUGUAAACACUGUGUGUUAUAGUAAUGUAUUAUUUAUUUGAUGAAAACACAAUUUAGUGUUUAAACGAUUUUGUCAUUGAUCAUAUACUUUCAAUAAAAGCUCAUUAUAAAAAAAGAAA